UGAAUGCCCAACAUGGACGCCAGCUACUUUGCCGUCCAGAGAAGAGCUCUGGAAAUAGUUGGAUUCGAUCCCAGUAAUCCGCAACUGAGUCUAAAACAUCCCAUCUGGGCCGGCAUACUCGUCCUGUCCUUGGUCUCUCACAACUGGCCCAUGGUAGUCUAUGGUCUGCAGGAUCUAUCCGACCUGACCCGCCUCACGGACAACUUUGCGGUGUUUAUGCAAGGAUCUCAGAGCACCUUCAAGUUCCUGGUCAUGAUGGCGAAACGAAGGCGCAUUGGAUCGCUGAUUCACCGAUUGCAUGAGCUAAACCAGGCGGCCAGUGCCACGCCCAAUCACCUGGAGAAGAUCGAGAGGGAAAACCAACUGGACAGGUAUGUCGCCAGAUCCUUUAGAAAUGCCGCCUACGGAGUGAUUUGUGCCUCGGCCAUAGCGCCCAUGUUGCUUGGCCUGUGGGGAUAUGUGGAGACGGGUGUAUUUACCCCGACCACACCCAUGGAGUUCAACUUCUGGCUGGACGAGCAAAACCCCCACUUUUAUUGGCCCAUCUACUUUUGGGGCGUUCUGGGCGUGGCAGCUGCCGCCUGGUUGGCCAUUGCAACGGACACCCUGUUCUCCUGGCUGACUCACAAUGUGGUGAUUCAGUUCCAACUACUAGAGCUGGUUCUCGAAGAGAAGCAUCUGGAUGGAGGAGACUCUCGCCUGGGCGAAUUUGUUAGUCGUCAUAGAAUAGCUCUGGAUUUGGCCAAGGAACUAAGCUCGAUUUUCGGGGAGAUCGUCUUUGUGAAAUACAUGCUGAGUUACCUGCAACUUUGCAUGCUGGCCUUUCGCUUCAGCAGGAGUGGCUGGAGUGCCCAGGUGCCAUUUAGAGCCACCUUCCUGGUGGCCAUCAUCAUCCAACUGAGUUCGUAUUGCUACGGAGGCGAGUAUCUCAAGCAGCAGAGUUUGGCAAUCGCACACGCCGUUUAUGGUAAGUGCAAUUGGCCAGAAAUGACGCCCAAGAAAAGAAGACUCUGGCAAAUGGUGAUCAUGCGGGCGCAGCGACCAGCCAAGAUUUUUGGAUUCAUGUUCGAUGUGGACUUGCCACUGUUGCUUUGGGUUAUCAGAACGGCGGGCUCAUUUUUGGCAUUGCUCAGGACUUUUGAGCGUUAA